UCCAAACCCAGUGCAGGCGCGCAUUAGGUCCAGCAGACACCGAGGGAUCUUUUUUAAACCGAACUGCACACCUUAGAGACAAUGCAUCUGUCUCAGAUCGCGCUCUAUCUCGGCUUGCUGAUUGCUUUGGGUCCAGUAGUUUUGAGUGACCAAGAGACGCACCAGCAGCCCUCCGCCAGCAGCCCGGUGGACACGGAGCAGUGCGCCACCUGCGAGGUCCGGCAGCAGAUCAAAACCAUGCGACUAAACGCGAUCAAAUCUCAGAUUCUGAGCAAACUGAGAAUGAAAGAAGCUCCUAAUAUCAGCCGAGACAUAGUGAAGCAGCUUCUGCCCAAAGCGCCGCCACUGCAGCAGCUCCUCGACCAGUACGACGUGCUGGGAGAUGACAACAAGGAUGUGGUUAUGGAGGAGGACGAUGAGCAUGCGACCACAGAGACGAUAAUGAUGAUGGCCACUGAACCCGAGUCCAUCGUCCAGGUGGAUGGGGAACCAAAGUGCUGCUUUUUCUCUUUCACCCAAAAAAUUCAAGCCAAUCGUAUAGUCCGGGCACAGCUCUGGGUGCAUCUGCGCUCGGCGGCGGAGGCGACAACCGUGUUCCUGCAAAUCUCCCGCCUGAUGCCGGUCACAGACGGUAGCAGGCACAUACGCAUCCGCUCCCUUAAGAUCGACGUGAGUGCCGGGGUCAGCUCUUGGCAAAGUAUAGAUGUCAAACAAGUGUUGACUGUGUGGCUGCGGCAGCCGGAGACCAACUGGGGCAUCGAGAUUAACGCCUUCGAUUCGAGGGGAAAUGACUUGGCCGUGACCUCCGCAGAGCCUGGAGAGGAUGGGCUGCAACCAUUCAUGGAGGUGAAGGUCUCAGAGGGCCCCAAGCGCGUCAGGAGAGACUCGGGUCUGGACUGUGACGAGAACUCUCCAGAGUCCCGGUGCUGCCGUUAUCCACUCACAGUGGACUUUGAAGACUUUGGCUGGGACUGGAUUAUUGCCCCAAAGCGCUACAAGGCCAACUAUUGCUCCGGGGAGUGUGAGUACAUGCACUUACAGAAAUACCCGCACACCCACCUGGUGAACAAGGCCAACCCCAGAGGGACCGCGGGUCCCUGCUGCACCCCCACCAAGAUGUCGCCCAUCAACAUGCUCUACUUUAACCGAAAGGAACAGAUCAUCUACGGCAAGAUCCCAUCCAUGGUGGUGGACCGUUGUGGAUGCUCUUGAGUUGGGACGGAGACCCUGGUGAGAGGGAGGGGACGGCGGAGGGGACGGUGGAGGGGGUUGUGGCUCCGUCCGGCCUCCAACUUCAGACUUUUUUUGACACAACCAAUCCACCAGUUCCGAUGCUUUCCCGCAGAACACGGUGCAACAGAGUAGAGGCCACAAUCAGCCCGACCUUCCUGCAGGGCAGCGCUUUCACAACCGGCAUAGCUCUUAACUUCUCUUUCCUCCAGUGAAAUCUUAGCCAUAGAGGCUCAAAAUCAGCUGGAUGCAGAAAUAAACACAUCCACACACACAUGCUGGACCCUCGAAGUGAAUGUAGACAGAAAUGUAUACAAAAACUUUUUUUUUCUCCUGUCUCUGUGUUCUGUGCUGUCCAUUUAUACACACGUGCCGACAGAUUAUACUCGUACGCCAUCUACUCCACUCCACUCAUAGCCAACAUGCAAGCUAUUACACUUUUUGCUAAGCUAUGUGUUUGUGAUAAUCAUUUUUCAAGUUGUGUUUUCAGAGUGAAACCAGGAAUCCUCAUGGACUUUUUGAAAGGGCUUGGAAAAACACAGCCGUAGACUAUUUAGAGUCCUAUUUCACACUGGUAGAACAUGUCUCAGCACACGCAGGUUCAUAGAGUUGAUAAAAAGAUGAACCCUUGGUCAUAUCCAUAUUAUGACUGCCAUUUAUUAAAAACCAAGCUAAAGAUUGCAGCACUACCUAGACGCAGGUCAUUAUCUUUACUGUAUUGGAUCAAACUUUGGGAGAAUUUGGAGAUAAAUUUUAAAGUGACACAGAGGUCUGUCAUUCCUGCGGUCCUACUGACAAAAAAAUGUUCCACCAGGGUGAAGUAUCACCUCUUCAUGUCUUCACGUGCUCUGCCAUACAUACAGCAACAUAACCCGACCGAGAAGCACUCUAGCUCAAUCACAAUCCUCACUAUCCAACAAAACAGCCUAAACCUGCCCGAUACACUUGAAUUAUUCUGAUUGUAAAUUCACAUGACUGGACAGAAGGACUUGAACUGAAGGCACAAUGAAUGCAGCCUACAAAAGAGAAAAAAAUGUGUUUAAGACAGAGGGAAUGGAUUGUCGAAAUGUAUGAAUGUUGAGAUCAUGCUUAAACUCUGUCUUGAGAAACAACACAGUUUGCACUAUGGCACACCAAUAGAAAGAAUUGGUUGCUACAAAAGUUGUAAAAACUGAUUUUGAUAUGUUUGCUAAUUUGUAUUGUAUACAUUAUGCCAUUGUUUCCAUUAGGAGUUGCCUUUCUAAACCACUGUUGGUAAAUGUAUAAAAACCACAAUCUAGCAAGAUAAAGGAUGUAAUACAGCAACUCUAUAUUCUUG